AUGAGACACGAGACACGACUAUUGUCAGUCGCAGCGUACGACAAGUUCACGGCGGUCUCUGACGACACGGGCUGCAUCGUGCUCACCAACACGCUGCUCGACCGAGAACGGAUCCCCUCUUAUAGCCUGCGCCUGCGCGCCACCUACCGGAGCCGCGCCGAUGCCGACGCAGAGCCCGUUGCCAUGACGACGGUCGUCGUCACGGUGUUGGAUCGCAACGACAAGGCGCCGACGUUCGUCUUUGAUGAUGCCGCUUUGACGGGAGAGCGAUACUAUGGAGUGAUCGAGCGCGAAACCCCGCCCUAUGAGGUCAUCGUUCACACACAGGCGAUUGACAGCGACAGCAGUGACAACGCACGCGUCACCUACUCCCUACACGACGUACCGUACGACUACUUCACCGUCGAGCGCGACACCGGAACAAUCCGCAACGUGCAGCAGCUCAGCCUAGUGGCGGCACCUGCCGACACGCACUACAAGUUCUCGGUCGUCGCCACCGAUUCUCCCGCCGACCGCCAGGAUGCACUGACAAGCAGAGCCGAGGUGAUCGUGAAUGUUUUGCGGGACGACCACCUGAUGGCGCUAGUCGUGACCGGAUUGCAGCCGCAGCGCGUGCAGCGCAUGCGCGAGGGAGUGAGGAGAGUACUGCAGGAUCAGACCGGAUAUGUCGUCGGCAUCCACCGCAUCGAGAACCGUCGCUACGCUCCGAUCGACGUACGCCGGACAACAGCGUCUAAGGUCGACCUCGACUCUGCCGACGUCUGGUUACUUACGUCACCGACCCGGAGACCGGUCGUCUGCUCAAUCGGUCGCAGAUCAUAGCUGCGGGUAAGAUAUUUACGGAGGAGCAGCCAGCAGCAGCUGCGGCCAGAGCUUUCUCAGCGCGCGCAGCGGCAUGACGGCCG